AAUUUACAUUAAAGAAAAUAAAAAAGGUUGGUGUUGCGGUUCCUCUGCUCCAUAGUUGGGUUCGCGUGUGUAUAAAAGAAACGUAAAAAUAUUGGACUCUACUCUAAUCUGCAGCAUCUGUUUUUUUAGCCUCACAUACUUCAAGUCCUCUGUGGCCAUGGCGAGCAGAAGCUGUACCCAUGAAAAUGUUGGCAAGCCAAUUAGAUGCAAAGCUGCAAUAUGCAGAAAAGCAGGUGAACCUCUUGUCAUAGAAGAAGUUGAGUUAGAUCCACCCAAAGCCUGGGAAGUCCGAAUCAAGAUUUUCUGCACUUCCCUGUGUCACUCUGAUGUAACCUUUUGGAAAAUGAAUUCAGGGCCGGCUGCUAAGUUUCCAAGAAUUUUGGGACACGAAGCUGUGGGGGAAGUAGAGAGCGUGGGGGAACACGUGGAAGAGGUUAAAGAGGGGGACAUAGUGGUGCCAGUGUUCUUACCUCACUGUGGAGAGUGCAGAGAUUGCAAAAGCCCAAAAAGCAACGUUUGCUCCAAGUUCGGGUCACAACGGGAUCAUUGCAUGCCCAGAGACGGAACGAGCAGGUUUAGGGACAUGAACGGAGAAGCUUUGCAAAAUCUUUUCAGUGUUAGCAGUUUCUCUGAAUACACCGUCGUUGAUGUGACCCAAGUCGUCAAAAUUAGUCCUCAGCUUCCUGUUGAAAAGGCUUGCUUGCUUAGUUGCGGAGUUUCCACAGGGGUGGGGGCAGCAUGGAAGGUGGCUGACGUAGAAGAAGGUGCUACAGUGGCUAUUUUUGGGCUUGGUACCGUAGGCCUAGCUGUUGCUUUAGGAGCAAAGCAACGAGGAGCGUCAAAGAUCAUAGGCGUCGAUUUAAAUAACGAAAAAUUUGAAAUUGGUAAACGAUUUGGAAUCACCGAUUUUGUGAAUCCCUCCACUUGCAAGGAGAAGUCAGUGAGCGAGGUGAUUAAAGAAAUGACAAAUGGAGGUGCUGAUUAUUGCUUCGAGUGCAUAGGCUUGGCUUCGUUAAUGGCGGACGCUUUUAAUUGCAGCCGAGAUGGUUGGGGGAAAACGGUUGUAUUAGGGGUGGAAAUGCACGGCUCGCCACUGACUUUGAGUCCUUAUCACCUAAUAAGAGGCAGAACUAUAAUCGGAUCACUAUUUGGAGGCAUCAAACCCAAAUUUGAUAUUCCCUUCUUCGCAAAAAAGUACUUUGACAAAGAACUUAGCUUAGAUGGCUUUGUAUCGCAUGAAGUGGGGUUUGAGGACAUCAACAGAGCUUUUGAUUAUCUCUUGGAAGGAAAGGGCCUCCGCUGCAUUAUAAGGAUGAAUCAUUAGCUGGCUUGCCAAAAUUUCAUCGCAAUGUUCAAAACUCUCUCUUUAUCUCCACCGCAUGAUAAUAAAAAGUCCCUUCUAUUAUUUGGUUACUAAUUUUAAUUAUUCUACUAAUGGAAAUGGUCACUCGGUUGU